CCGGAUCAGCAGCAGCAGCAGCAGCAGCAGCCGCAGCAGCAACAGCAGCAGCCGGGACAGCAGCCGGGGCAGCAGCAGCAGCAGCAGCCGGGCCAGCAGCAGCAGCAGCAGCGGCAACCGGGACAGCAGCAGCAGCAGCAGCAGCAGCAGCAGCAGCAGCGGCAGCAGCAGCAGCAGCCUCAGCAGCCUCAGCAGCCGCAGCACCAGCACGGGAUGGAGGAGGGGAGAGUGGGGAAUCGGGAGAAAGAGCGUAGCCAGUUCAGAGAGAGCGACGCUGAUCACAACAAGCACGCAGUGGCUGGUGAUGGCACUCUCACCUCGAGACAUUCCCAAGUCACAGGGUCCAGGGAUGGAGGAGGGGAGAGUGGGGAAUCGGGAGAAAGAGCGUAG